AUGGCUAGCAGUGGGUCGGACGCAGCUUUUGCGUACCAUGAGCCAAGUAUCUCGACUCUUCUCAAUCAGGCUGGACUCUUGGUGGUCUUGAACCUCAUCAAUGUCUGUCUCGAUAAGCUACUGUACUGUGGACUGAUCGGUCAACUGUUCGUCGGUAUUCUCUGGGGGACCCCCGGGGCAAAAUGGCUGGACACGGAGACUGAAAGAGUAAUCCAGCAACUGGGCUAUAUUGGGCUUAUUAUGCUGGUGUAUGAAGGUGGUCUAUCAACCUCAAUCCAAUCGAUGAGAGCCAACCUCGUCAUUUCGCUAUGUGUUGCCCUCACUGGGAUCGGGGUCCCCAUGGGCUUAUCGUUCAUCUUGGUGAAGCUGGUCUCCGCCAGCCCCCUUCAGGCCUUCGCUGCAGGCGCCUCUCUCAGCGCAACCAGUCUUGGCACCACCUUCACCAUACUAUCAACCACCAACCUAAUCCCGACACGUCUUGGUACUGUCACUACCAGUGCUGCUAUGUUAGAUGAUGUUGUUGGCCUUGUCAUGGUUCAAAUCAUCUCAAAUCUCGGCGGUGGUACCUCUUCGUUCAACGCCGUCACUGUGGUCCGACCCUUGUUUGUCUCUAUCGGCUUUGGGUUAGGUGUCUUCAUCCUAUGCGCAUUCUGUCUGAAGCCGACUCUGCAAAAAGCUCUCACUAUGAGAGAUCAUCUGCCGCAAUUUAUGGGAUCUAUGCAAUUUGCUUUCCUUGCGCAGACAUCUGUGCUGGUGGGGCUUGUUGCGGGCGCUACCUAUGCAGGGACCUCCAGCCUAUUUGCUGCGUAUCUUGCGGGCGUGAUUGUUUCUUGGUUUGAUGGGUUGGCUGAUGAUAGCCAUAUUCUGAACACUAACACGGAUCGCGACAUUUCACAGUCCGAGCCUGGCGUGCUAGUUGAGCGGACUACUUCUGAACAGUCUACACCUCAGGAUCGUUCAAACAGCAAUACUCCAAGCACGCCGCAGGAACCUUCAUACAAUCCAGAUGAAAAAGUGCCGACCGGUAUAGAAGUGUAUGAGAAGUACUAUAAAGAGCCCGUGAAUCGAAUAUUGAUUCCAUUGUUCUUCGCUUCCAUCGGGUUUGCUAUACCUAUAACUAAGAUGUUCCGCGGAGACGUUGUAUGGCGUGGUAUCAUUUACGCCAUUCUCAUGAUGUUUGGAAAGAUGGUCACCGGUCUAUGGCUCGUUCGUUUCUCGCUACCUUCGACAACAACUCUGCUGUUUACUCUUAGGAAACCAUUCUCUUGGGCCCUCUUCUCCUGUACUUCUCGUAAAGGCGAAAACAAGAAAAAGAAGAAGUCAAAGGAGAAGGAUACUCGCCCUAGACGCCAAUCUGCAGUUCGUACAGAACAGCUUGAUCAAAAUGCAGAUGCUAGAAACUCGGAUGAACACAAGGGAAAUCUCCCAAACCCCAACCGCAAUGAGCCUGUCUCUGAAACAGAACCUCAACCCACUUCAUCCAAUCCCAGCAGUACCAUGUCCCUCCCUCCCAAGCCGAAAUCGCUCUAUCCACCGUUCAUCCUCGGGUUGGCAAUGGUUGCCCGAGGUGAGGUUGGCUACCUCAUUGCUUCCCUCGCGGAGAGCCAGGGGAUGUUCUCCAGUGGAUCUAAUGGCGAUGUCUCGGAGAUAUAUCUGGUAGUUAUUUGGGCAAUUUCGAUCUGCACGCUGGUGGGGCCUAUCUCGGUUGGAACCAUAGUUAAACGAGUGAAAAAGCUGCAACAAGCUCGGGGAUCUUUAGGCGCGGAUCCUUUGGGGGUUUGGGGAGUCUAA